AUGGGCAGGAGCAGGAUGCACUGUGGUGCCGUUUCUCGAGAAGGUGUCAUCUGGUUAUCAAAGAGGAGCAGACUGUGCGGACACAAACGUGUAGCGCAUCAGCUGGAUGGCAUCGGCGAGGCGAGAAAGAUCCAAGCCAAGCUGGGCAUGAAGUGGAAAAACUCUGUCGAUUUUCCUCGACCUUUUUGCAGCGCAGGGCCGGACGUUUUCCGUAAGGACGCGAUGCGACGCGAAUGCAACGGAAAGGUCUGUGAUGGCUGCUAUUGCGAUAUCCCACAGGGCAGCACAACCCCGCUGGGAGACAAUGGGCGGGAAGAAGCCGAGAGGGGCAGCGAAAGCACAAUGAACAACAGCUCGUUAAUAUACAAGGAGCCUGGCAUGUUUAGCUCAAGAGACUAG